AGAAGUGGAGUACUUUUGACUUUUUGAGUCAUGUCGUGUCUUUGUUCUUUUUGGAUUUGUAAGUGUUGAGUGUUGUGGCUUUUAUAAAAUGAUUAUUGACUUGCUAGAAAAAAAGCUCUUAUGGCUGAAACUACUAGUGACCUUAAUACAGAUACAGAGGCGGGUAAUAAAAGACAUAGAAAGAAGAAAAUUAUAUCCUCUUCUUCUGAAUCUGAUGAAAAUGAUGAACCUACGGAACAUGCAUCAAAUAGGAAGCAAUUUAAAGUUACUAAAAUGCCUACCCCACCAAUUUGGACCAACGACAUGGCUGAAAUGGUAGACGAGUUAACUGUUUCGAACACACCAAGUCAAACAGGCAAUAGUUCUACCCCCUGCUUUACCCCUGGUCAAGUUCAUCAUGAUCGUAACAUGGGUCCAGGUUCGAAAAGCAAUUACACCACACCAAAAAGGGCCUUGAAGGAAAUACAUGAGAAUUUGAAUAAUGUUGUUGUUACAUCACAAAGCACGAGCUGCUGUUGCAAUCCACAACUACUGUAUAAUAUACAAUCAUUACUAAUUGAAAUUAACUCAAAGUCGAAAAUUGUUGUCAGCGAAAUAUGCAAACUAAUGAAGAGUCUACAAAUAAUAUAUUGCAAAAAUCUGCAAUAAAGUUUCCAAUGGAAACAAAUGAGGAUCUGGAACUUUUUGAGAAUUUUUUCUCCAGUCCUGAAAAUUAUUCGGCAUUGAUUUUAUUUUUUUCCAAACUUGGUGGUAACAAUAUAUACGAAUUCAUUAGGCGUUGCAUCGGGCCCCUUGUAACUGAUGGCCUGGCCGAACAAUUUUCCUUUACAGGAAACUGGAAGGAAAGGAAAACUGGUUUUUGAAAAAUUAAAUCUAGCUAAAUCUGUACUAGAAGCUGGGCAAAAGGCACAUGGGAUCAAUGGGAUCACCAGAAAGGAGAUUGAAAAAAAAAUUGGCGAUUGGCUACGAAGAGCCAAAGAAAGAAGAUUAAGAACAGAGAAAUUGAAUGUAUAAACAUCUUAUGUAACAUUUUUUACUAGGUAUCGGGAAAUAAAACAUUGUUAAACAAAUCAUAGCAUUGUGUAUCAGUUGCUAUACAGGGUGUAUCAACGAUGUGUGGGGGUGAGCGAUAGGUGCUUCCCUAUUUGAGAUAGGAAAAAAGCCUUAAAUAAAAGUUGUGGAGAUCAGUGAAAUCUAUGUUACAAAAAUAUUUACCCUUAUACAGGGUGUUGGAUAAAUGUGUGACAAAGAUAUGUUUUUUUUUAAAUGGAACACCCUAUAUAUUUUUACUUUAAAAUCUUUUUAAUGAGUUGAUUUCAAUGGUACUUCACACUUACUAUCUAUUAUUGUGAUUAGUUGAGGAUCUACAGCUACUGGAAAUUGUCAAUUUUUCAAAUUCAGGUGGCUGUAGUAGCUAAACCAGUAAAAAUUUUUAAAAAUUUCAUGUCCCUUUCCUAACUUUUCAAGUUCUAUUGAGUGACAUGAAAAAUUAUUUAAUACAGUCAUUUAAUACAACAUGAAAGCCAUUUUUCGAAAUUUUGGACUGUUUAGCUACUACAGCCACCUGAAUUUGAAAAAUUGACCAUUUCCAGUGGCUGUAGGUCCUCAACUAAUCACAAUAGAUAGAAGUGUGAAGUACCAUUGAAAUCAGCUCAUUGAAAAGAUUUUAAAAAUAUAAAGAUAUAUAGGGUGUUCUAUUUAAAAAAACAUAUCUUUGAUAAGUCACACCUUUAUCCAACACCCUGUAUGAGGGUAAAUAUUUUUGUAACAUAGAUUUCAGUGAUCUCUACAAACUUUUAUUUAAGACAUUUUUUCCUAUCUCAAAUAGGGAAGCACUUAUCGCCCACCCACACAUCGUUGAUACACCCUGUAUGUACUUGUUUACCAAUGCUUUAUACAGGGUCUUCAUUUCAAAACUAGACAGUUCAAAUAUAUUUUGAUUGUAGUAAAAUGUAAAAAAAUUAAAAAAACACGUCAAAUUUUAUAUCAAGGGGGACACUUUUUUUUCGUAAUUGCAGCAUCGAUACUUCAACCCUCGAGCAGUAGAGUGAACUCCUGAAAUUUAUAUAGGGAAAGUACCAAGUGUGCCAUAUUUUUGAAAAGGUAAUUAUAUGGGGAAUUCAGCAAUACCAAUAUUGUUGUGUCAAAUUCCGAUUUAAGCGCCCUCUUGAGGAAAAAAUAAUCGUUACGUAAUUCAAAUUGUGACACCUCAUUCAAAAGCUAUUUCUAUUGCUAAUUAAAUGCAAUAAAUAAUAUUAUCCUGAAAUCAUAUUUCAUAAGUGAAAUCACCUAAAAUAAACAGACUUAGUAGGAUCACACUUUCCAAUCUCAUUUGAUUUCAAUUAUUAAAUAUGAAUUCAGGAUAAUUUUAUUUAUUGCAUUUAAUUAGCAAUAAAAAUAGCUUUCAAAUGAGGUGUCACAAUUUGAAUUACGUAACGAUUAUUUUUUCCCCAAGAGGGCGCUAAAAUCGGAAUUUGACACAACAAUAUUGGUAUUGCUGAAUACCCCAUAUAAUUACCUUUUCAAAAAUGUGGCACACUUGGUACUUUCCCUAUCUAAAUUUCAGGGGUUGUUCACUUCACUGUUCGAGGGUUGAAGUAUCGAUGCUGCAAUUGGGAAUAAAAAGUGUCCCCCUGGAUAUAAAAUUUGAUGUUUAUUAUUUUUUUUUUACAUUUUACUACAAUCAAAAGAUAUUUGAACUGUCUAGUUUUGAAAUGAAGACCCUGUCAUUUCCGAUACCUAGAAGAAAAUAUGUGGCUUAAAGAAAAUGUUAUUAGUUUUUAAAUAAAUAGCUCUUUUAUUAAGAAAUA